UUGCUCAAGAUGUUGCUUUGUUUUCUCUCUCAGUUGUGUGAAUUUGUAAAUAAUCUAAAAUGGAAAAAGCAAUAAAAUAUUUAACUUAAACUGUACUGCGGAUGCUGCCUGGUGGACGUUUUGGUCCUCCACUCCAGCAGAUGUCACUUUAACUUUAAGCUUUUAGAUGAGCUGCCUUUUAAAGUACAGAGAAGAAGAAAUAGAGCUCUCUGUCUGGUGGAUGGUGCCGCUAGACGCAAGUUCACGGUUUGUGGGAGAAACAGCUGGCUCAGGCAACAACCCAUCAAUGAUUUAGAUCAUCUCAGGCCAGUUGAGAAGCGUGAUGUUAUUUUUAAAUUCCGACCCACUGAUAACAGGAGCUUCUUUUUUAGCCCACGCAACAUAAACCACCUUUUGUUUCUUUAAAACUAUGCGUAAUUUUAAGAUUUCUGUGGAUUCUGUGCGUAAAAGUGCGCACUCCACCGCGGCGCACCGCGCUCACUUCCCGUACUAUCUUCAUCUUCAUCUUCAUCGGAUCUAGAGCCAGCCGAGCAGGAGCAGCUCAGCCGUGAAAACCCAUCUGAAAAUGGCUGUGCUCCUCGGCAGCCCGCUCCGUCCCGGCCGGAGCUCCGGUCCGCUUCUGACGGGGUUAAUGUGCGUUUUAUUGCUCGUUUUCGUCACUGUUGCCUCCGGGAGUCGUGAUGUCGCUUCAGGGACCAACGAGUCGUGCAGUAAUACAGUGACACAAGAGGACUCUCAUCAUAAAACUAACUCCUCUGUUCAUAAAAAGGCUUUCCCCGUCCUGUCCUUCAACUUCGACCACGUCAGGAAGCCCUUUGAGAUCUCUCUGUGGAUCCUGCUCGCCCUGCUGAUGAAACUUGCUUUCCACAUCAUUCCCAGAGUGUCAAACGUCGUGCCAGAGAGCUGCCUGCUGAUCGUCGUCGGCCUGCUGGUGGGCGGCCUGAUCAGAGCAUCGUCUCCGACAGGCAUCGAAGAUAACGCCCCCGUCCUCGACUCCAAGCUCUUCUUCCUCUACCUGCUGCCUCCCAUCAUCCUCGAUGCCGGCUACUUCCUGCCCAUCAGGCCCUUCACAGAGAACAUGGGCACCAUCCUGGUGUUCGCGGUGGUGGGCACCCUGUGGAACGCCUUCUUCAUCGGCGGGAUGAUGUACGGCGUGUGUCAGAUCGAGGGGGCUCAGCUGGGCGAUGUAGACCUGCUGUCCUGCCUGCUGUUCGGAUCCAUCAUCUCGGCCGUGGACCCCGUGGCCGUGCUGGCUGUGUUCGAGGAGAUCCACAUCAACGAGCUGCUGCACAUCCUCGUGUUCGGGGAGUCGCUGCUUAAUGACGCUGUGACUGUGGUUUUGUAUCACCUGUUCGAGGAGUUUUCCCACGAAGGGACGGUGACCAUAGCCGACGCUUUCCUCGGCGUGGUCUGUUUCUUCGUGGUUUCAUUGGGGGGCAUCAUGGUGGGAACCAUCUACGGCAUCCUGGGUGCCUUUACGUCCCGCUUCACCUCACACACGCGUGUCAUCGAGCCUCUGUUCGUGUUUCUCUACAGCUACAUGGCGUACCUCUCCGCCGAGGUCUUCCAUCUGUCGGGAAUCAUGUCGUUAAUAGCAUGUGGCAUGAUCAUGCGGCCGUAUGUGGAAGCCAACAUAUCCCACAAGUCUUACACCACCAUCAAAUACUUCCUGAAGAUGUGGAGCAGCGUGAGCGAGACGCUGAUCUUCAUCUUCCUGGGCGUUUCCACGGUAGCCGGUCCUCACACCUGGAACUGGACCUUCGUCAUCUGCACCGUCUUCCUCUGCCUGGUGUCGAGAGUCCUCGGAGUCAUCGGCCUCACGUACAUCAUCAAUAAAUUCCGCAUUGUGAAGUUGACCAAAAAGGACCAGUUCAUUGUGGCCUACGGUGGCCUGCGAGGAGCCAUCGCGUUCUCGCUGGGGUUCCUGCUGAUGGACACCAGGAUGAAGAACAUGUUCCUCACUGCCAUCAUCACGGUCAUCUUCUUCACCGUCUUCGUGCAGGGAAUGACAAUCAGGCCUCUGGUGGAGCUUCUGGCCGUGAAAAAGAAGAAGGAGAGCAAAGGAUCGAUUAAUGAGGAGAUUCACACACAGUUCCUGGAUCAUCUUCUCACAGGAAUUGAAGACAUCUGUGGUCAUUACGGACAUCAUCACUGGAAAGACAAGUUGAACCGCUUCAAUAAGUCCUACUUGAAGAAGUGGCUCAUCGCAGGCGAACGCUCCACCGAGCCGCAGCUCAUCUCCUUCUACAACAAGAUGGAGAUGAAGCAAGCCAUGAUGCUGGUGGAGAGUGGGAGCGCUGCCAAGCUGCCGUCGCUUGUGUCGUCCGUGUCGUCCGUGUCCAUGCAGAACAUCCAGCCGAAAGCGCCGCCCAGACGAAGGGCGAUACCGAGCAUCUCGAAAAGUCGUGAGGAGGAGAUCAGGAAGCUUCUGCGAGCUAACAUGCAGAAGACCAGACAGAGGCUUCGCUCUUACAGCAGACACGACCUGAUGAUCGACCCGUUUGAGGACAACGUGAGCGAGGUUCGGUUCAGGAAGCAGAGGGUGGAGAUGGAGAGGAGGAUGAGUCACUUCCUCACCGUCCCUGCAAACCGCCAGGAAACGCCCCCUGUUAGGAAAGUCUGCUUCGAACCAGAACACCGGGUUUAUACUUACGAUGACAGCGAGAGCCCCAGAGGCCAAGCGGCCGAGCCCAGCCCUCCUGAUGCCGUCAGCCUGCUGAACGAGUCGCCCCAGAGGCCCAAUCAGAGCGGCGAACAGGGAGACAAGAGCGGCGAGCAAGAGGAGCAAGACCAGCUAAAAAUAUCACGCUGCCUUAGUGACCCCGGUCCAAAGAAGGAAGAGGAAGAUGAUAGCUCCUUCCUCUCGUGAUAAAGCACAUAUUUACGGUACUUGAAGUCACCAUGAGGGUGAAUUCUUCUAUAAUCUGUUGCAUUCAAUGAGUCGUAGCAAAGCUUGAUAUUUAUAAUUUACAUUGUUGGCAGUAUUAUUAUUUCUCAUGUUCUGUUUUUGUAAUAUUUGAUGAUGCAAAAAAGAUUUUUCCUGCAUUUUGAAAAUAUCUUUUUUUCAUUUGUUCAGGAUUUUUAUCAUGUAACAUAAUACCAAAGCAUGCACCGCUGGCCGUUAGCUGUUUCAGGAUUGUAUGUUAUUCUGCAGAGAGCCACGUGUCAGCAUUUUGUUUCCUAGUAAGCAGAAUAUGACCAGUAAGACAGAGCACUUGUUUUAACCUGCUUGAAGCACCAGAUGGGUGGAGUUUGCCCGCCUUAAAGCACAGUAUCCUAUAAAGCAGAGCCCGACCGAUCAAUUGUCUGAGUCUGUAUUAGCUGACAGCAAAUAUUGGCUGUAGCAAGAAACAGCACAAAAAUACUAUGUUUGAAAUAAUUUAGAAACAGCGUCUCCACCAGAGAGCGCUGACAAGUUUGUUUUUAGCCGUGCUAGCAGCGUAGCUCUACGGAUGUCAGUCUGUCGGUGCACCGCUGUGGUCGAGACAGAAAUAUCUCAACAACUAUUCGAUGGAUUGCUGUGAAAUUUUGUCCUGCAGCUAAUGAUUAUUUUCAUCGUGGAUUAAUCUGAGAUUCUUUUCUGGAUUAAAAUGUCAGAUAAUGGCGAAAAAGUGCCUGUUGAUGAAGUCUUUAAAUGUCUUGUUUUGUCCGACCGACAGUCAGAAACUCAAAGAUAUUCAGUUUAUAAUUAUAUAAAACAGAGAAAAGCAACAAAUCUUCAUGCUUGAGAAGCUGGAGAUAGGAAAUGUUUGGCAUAUUCCUUUUUUUAAAAAAAAAAAAAAAAAAGACUAAAAUUAUCAAUCAAUCAUCAAAAUUGUUGCUGAUUAAUUUUCUAUCCAUCAACCAAGCGAUUAAUCGACUAAUCGUUGCAGCUCUGCAGACAUUCACGGUGCCCUCGUAGUUUCCUGCUGGCUUUGGUGAUUCCGCGGCUUUUCCUGUAGCGCUGCCAUGAGGUUAGCAUUCAUGGUUUUGAGCAGCACCAUCAUCAGGUCAAAACUACAUGUUUUAAUAUCUGCAAAACUACUAAGCUCUAAUUAUCUCAAAGUAGAGCCUCAUGGAGCUGCUAGCGUGGCUGUAAACUCUUCUUCUUGUCUUGUUUAACUGUAGAUUGUCCGUCUCUGCAUAUAUUGGUCUUUGUCUCUGUCUGUUAUGUGUUUAUGUAAAAAAAAAAAAAAAAUCGACCAAUAAUAAUGAUAUGAUUUUUAAAACUCUAAAGUAACAAUAUUGGUAUUGUCUUUAAAAAUCUUGUAUCGGUCGGGCUACUUAACAUUGUGAAGUGUCCUGGUGAAAACAAAAAAAAACAAAACAAAACACCAGUCUGAUGAUCUAAGACUGUAAAAAAUAACUUAAAGGUCACGAAUAAACUGCCAGUAUUAUCUGACCGAGGUCUGUGAACAAGUGUAGCACUGUAUUUAUCGUCACAAACGUCGCUGCAUGACUGAUCAAUGUUUUUCUCAGGGACUGCAACACGGUACAGUAUUAACAGCUGCCCACUGCAGAAAAAAAAGAAGAAAAAAAAAACAAGUGUUUCUGUUCAAAAUGUUCUCCACAGUGAUCUUUUAUCAUAAAUGUGACUGUUUUGUAAGCUAAAGUGUUUUGACUGCUAAAAACCUUCAGAAACAUUCCAGCAGAAACUGAGUUUGUCACUUCUGUCAGAUUUUAAUCCUGGAAGUUCGAAGUGAAAGUCAAAUGUACAAGUAUUUGUUCUCUAGCAUGCGUCAAGAGUUUUAUUGGGACGAUAAAGAGAUGAAUCACCUUUUUUCAUAUCUAAGCUGCACAACACUGGACUGCCUGAGCUUUUGCUGCCUGCACAUGUUUGCCUUAAAAAUGUCUUGCUUUUCAUGUGUUUGCUAGUUGAAAUAUUUUUUAUAUUUUGGGAGAAAAAAAAAAGUUAUAAAUGUGUGUCAAAUGGAGGAAAGCUUUAAUUUGUGUCUGAAAUAAAGGUUUAUCAU